UUGCACGGUGUCGUCAGUUCCGUAAAGCGUUCCUCCUGGUUUCAUUAAAACAGAAGAUAGGGGGAUUAUUAACGAAGAGUCAGAAGACAAACGCAGUUAGAGCAAGUCUUUACCUGGCUGUGUCAUCCAAAUAUUCCUCAACCAGAACAUUGCAUUGUUCCCCACGGGCUGUUUUUUUCCUGCUGGACUGACAAAAGACACAUUAGUCUCCUCUAAGCCGCGCGCAUACACUGGGAUGCACUGUCGUUAGCCAGCCUUUAGCUCCCGCGCUAGCUUCCCGAAUCAGCUCUGUUUUUACGACGGGACCAAGCACACCACAUAGUGCAUUAUGACAGACAGCAUUAUGAGUAAAGCUGCCACAAUGGAGAUUCCUAUCAACAGUAAUGGUGACACGGGGACCCUACCAGAAGAUGACAGCCUUGAACAGGCUGCAAAACUGCAGUGGAGCUUAGAUGAGAAGGUAGGGAGCUCCAGAGGCACCAGGGACCUACAGCAGGUGAUGGUAUCGGGUCCCAAUCUCAACGAGACCAGCAUUGUAUCCGGGGGUUAUGGAGGAACAGCAGAGGGAAUCAUCCCCACCAGCUCAAUCAAAGGCCCUGCUGUGCACUACAAUGCAGAGUUUAACAAAAGGAUCCCAGUUACAGGAUUAGGUUCCAACAUGCACCACAGCAGCAGCAGCUCGUCAAUGACGGCAGACGAAGCGACCCGCGGUGUGGCUGUGGAAAAGCUAGAAACAGUGAAGAAGUGGGGUCUCAACACUUACAAGUGUACAAAGCAAAUGAUCUCCGAGCGUUUCGGUCGGGGUUCCCGGACUGUGGACCUGGAGCUCGAGGCCCAGAUUGAGGUGCUGAGAGACACUAAAAGGAAAUAUGAGAAUGUGCUGCGAUUGGCCAGAGCACUGACCAACCACUUCUACAACAUGGUGCAGACACAGCAUGCACUGGGUGACACCUUUGCUGACCUCAGUCAGAAGUCUCCAGAGCUGCGGGAUGAGUUUGGCUACAAUGCAGAGACUCAGAAGUUGCUGUGUAAGAAUGGGGAGACUCUACUUGGUGCCAUCAACUUCUUUGUGUCCAGCAUCAACACACUGGUCAACAAGACCAUGGAGGACACCCUAAUGACAAUCAAGAUGUAUGAAGGUGCCAGACUGGAGUUUGAUGCCUACCGGACAGACCUGGAGGAACUGAGUCUGGGACCGAGGGACGCUGUAGCCAUGGCUCGCAUAGAUGCUGCUCAGCAACUGUACCAAGUUCAGAAGGACAAGUACGAACGCCUCCGCUCAGACGUCGUCAUUAAACUCAAGUUCCUGGAGGAGAAUAAGGUGAAGGUGAUGCAUAAGCAGCUCCUCCUUUUCCAUAAUGCCAUCUCGGCGUACUUUGCUGGCAACCAGCAGCAGCUGGAGCAGACGCUGAAGCAGUUCAACAUAAAGUUGAGGCCUCCAGGAGCCGACAAGCCCUCCUGGUUAGAGGAGCAGUGAAAAGGUCUGCCGGACCUCCUGCAGCCUCCUUCUCGACCAACUCCACCUGUUACCUAUUGAAACCCCCAACUUACAGAGGACCACUACAGAGGGAAACGCAUACGUGUAAUUGGGUGGAUUAAGAUAUGAGAUGAGCAUGAGGCUGGAUGAUUGGACUGAUGGAUUGCAGGGUAAUAUUGAUGAUUGGGCAAAAUACAGCAGGGAACCAAGCGGCCAGAUUCAUGAACAGUCAGGGGGCUUUCAGUGCCUCUUCUCAACUUCCUUUUUUCCACUAUGACCUAUUCUUUGUGCUUUGUUCCCAGAGGAACAGUUCAUCUCUCCCUUCCCUCUCUCCUGUUUGACUAAUUUCUAUUCCAACACUAUUUUGCUGUGUGAACUUGUGUUAGUCAUGUUCAUGGUCAUUAUUGUUCUCCUCAAGUGCUCCCAGUGCUCUGAGUUAAACUUCAACCCCACACCGUCUCGGUAACUGAGACAGAUGACAAAAGGAAAAAUGACAAAUCCAUUAAAACACACUCAGAUGUAACCAAACACUACAUCAAAACUCUUCCAGACCUUAUCACUCUCCUCGUGUGCCUCUUUAUUUAUGAGCUAACGCACUAAAUGAACAUGUGGCCUGCAGGAAGAAAGAUAAAUUCAGGAAAAAAAAAAAAAAGAUUUCAAACUCCAAAUGAAUGGGAUUUGUAUGGUACACUGAAAAGGAAUGUUUUGGACAUUUCAAAUCAAUGUACAUUUAAAAUCAAGUACUGUUCAACUUUUGAAAUAAAUAGUAUAUGAUUGUUUGUAGCUUCUAAAAACAAAAACACUGCUGUGUUUAGUUUAGCUUUUGCUUAGUUUGACUGACAUCUUUUUAAUUUGUAAUUAUUUCAGUACUAGUAAGCUUGUAUGUCAUGCUUCAGAGUGAAGGACAGUAAACUGUUUGGGUAAUGUGUGCUGGUGCUUUUGAGUGAGAGUACUGUCACACUUAGUCUGUAAUUAUCAGAAAUGCUACACAUUACAAUUGUUUUUUUUUUACUUCAACUCAUAUAUGCAACAAUUGUUUAAGGAACACUGCCACAGCGUCCCAAAACGUUAUACUGGUUGGGAUCUUUACUAAUUCUUUUUUAUUUACCCAAAGAUAAUUGAGAGAGAUGUUCACUGUACCCUUGAUACGUUUUAAUUGGUUGUUUCAGUGUCCCUGUGGACUGAGGAGGCUUUGAGGGAUAGUUGAACCAUGCCAGAUGGGCAUAUCAGACAGUUAAGACACAAGAAACUUGAAGGAUGCAUUAUUUAAUAGUUUAACAGACUGUAUUUAAAAGGAAUUCAUAUUCUCUCACAUUGAUACAUUGAAAUAUGUUUUUGUCUUUAAAGAUAACAAGGACAUGUCAUUGACAUCUAGGGUCAUAUCUUUCAGUCCCCCUGAAGAAUAUAUUUGUCUAUGGUUACCUUUCUUCACACUGAAGAUUACUGUAGUUGUCCAAUAUUACUAAACCUAAUAUUUCGACAUUAACAUCUUGUAAAUUAGUAGUUGGGGAAUGGGAUAACACUACUUAUUCACCAUUUGUUUCAUGUCCUCUAAUUAAAACAUUGUCUAAGUAUAAUAAACAAUCAUCUAUUGUUGACAAUUAGGAGAAGGUAUUACCACAAACUAUCGGCAUGGUACUACAAAUGAAAUGUGUAAUGUAAUUAAAUGCAUCAUUGUAUUUAUUAAGUUCAUUAUAUGUGUUUAUCUGUUGGAAUCAACAUAAUUGUACCUUGAGACUUCUGUGCAAAUUACUCGAUUUAUGAGUAUGACGUUAUGGCGUGUGGUAGAUGACACAUUUACGUGAGAGUAUCUUACGGGCUAACAAUUUCCGUUAUUGAUAUACUCAACAAAAAAAAAAUUGGGUUAGUUUUCCAGUGUCAAACCUCUGAAGUCAAAUGAAGAUAACCCGGUAUAAUGAAGGUUUCUCCAUGCUGAAUUGAACUCCUGAUCAGUUAAUGGGUUAGUCAUCCACCUCCUUGUCUCCUCUGUAUUUGCAUGGCAGGCAGCGAUCCAAAGUACAGGUGCAUAUAUGUGUGAAUGCACUGAUGCUCUCUCUACCCUUGGUCUUCUGCACGCCAGCUCGCAUGGCUUGGCACAACGCCAUGUUCACGGUUAUUUGAUUUCAAUCUUGAUACUGGCUGAAGCAAAAUCCAAAAUUUGGGUUUCCUUUAAUUGUGUCCAGGACAUUUAUGAAAGGAAGGUGAUUCGAUUUUUGAUGAAAAGCAGAUAUCGAAAAUGUAAUGUAUGAUUUGGUUGGCUUGUGCUUUCUGAGCCUGUAUCUGUCAGUGUGUCAAAUGGGUGUGUUUUAUUCUCAGCUGAAGGAGUCGCUCAGUAAGACCUUGGCCUCACUUGCGGCUAAAAUUGCAGUUUCACUGAUCAGCUCCGGGUCUGUUUGAUCGUCACACAGCAAUAUUAACAAAAUGUGACUCCUCUUUUCCAAACCUGACCCUUUGAAAUUCCUAACCCCCAACACCAAAAUGAAAGGCAAUAGGAUAUUUUUGUUCCGUAGUUGUGAAACCUCCAGUACAUUGAAGAAAAAGAAAGUGUGACAAGCAUUUUUAGUCAAUCUUACUAGCAGUCUUUAGAUUGUUGCCGGGAGAGAACCACAAUUUAUAAAAUGAGAUAUUUUAUUUGUGUACAAUCAAUAUUUUCUAGGCUGAGCUGGUGUAUUGUACUGUAUGAAUGAUUGCACAUAAUGGUAUUUAAGAUGAUAAAUGAAGUUGUGUCAUAGAUUGAUGUGAUACUCUGCCUUCAUUCCUCACUCAGACCUGAAAAGUCCCACCCCACCCCGAGGGAACAAAUUAAAAGUACACAUUUUCAAAUGCUCUGGCUGUAUUUCAUGUUUGCUCUUUAAUUUAUAUUACACUGUGGCCCAGUGUUGCAUGCAAACGGAGAAGCAACCAUCUGGAUUUAGUCAAAACUUUAAACUUGUGAUUACAAUUGUACAAUGGUAUUUAAGAAGUAAUCUUCUUAUCAAGCAUCAUUUAUCAAAUUGUCUCUCAUGUAAGUAAAACCUCCUGUUUUAUUAUUGAGACAACUUCGGUAUCAUCAUCAUAUUUCUGUAGCAGCUCUCCUCUGAGACCUAAAGACCAGCAGUUCACAUAUUUUAACAUUCAAGUUGCAUUAUUUUGCAUAUUUAUGUGAAUU